AGAGUCCCGGUUGCCUUGGUUCCCGAGUUCCGAUGGGGACGCGCUGAGGAGCUGCGGUGAGGGGCGGAAGGCGUCCUUCGGGGUCCGGCCGGGCGUGCGGGGCCAGCGAACUGGAGAGGCGCCAUGGGCUGGAUCACAGAAGAUCUUAUUAGACGGAAUGCUGAACACAAUGACUGUGUCAUUUUUUCCUUGGAGGAACUCUCCUUGCAUCAGCAAGAAAUAGAAAGACUAGAACACAUUGAUAAAUGGUGCCGGGAUUUAAAAAUUCUCUAUCUUCAAAAUAAUCUUAUUGGAAAAAUUGAGAAUGUUAGCAAACUCAAGAAACUUGAAUACUUGAAUUUAGCUUUAAACAACAUUGAAAAAAUAGAAAACUUGGAAGGAUGUGAAGAACUGGCAAAACUUGACUUGACUGUAAAUUUCAUUGGAGAGCUGAGCAGCAUUAAAACCUUGAAGCACAAUAUCCAUCUGAAGGAACUCUUUCUCAUGGGGAACCCAUGUGCUUCCUUUGACCACUAUAGGGAGUUCGUGGUAGCAACUCUUCCACAAUUAAAGUGGUUGGAUGGUAAAGAAAUAGAGCCUUCAGAAAGGAUUAAGGCAUUGCAGGACUAUUCAGUAAUUGAACCACAAAUCAGAGAGCAGGAAAAAGAUCACUGUCUUAAAAGAGCCAAACUCAAGGAAGAGGCUCAGAGGAAGCACCAAGAAGAGAAUAAAAAUGAAGACAAGAGAAGUAACCCAGGCUCUGAUGGAUGUUGGUACACAGACAUCAAUGCUACUCUUUCCUCUUUAGAGAGCAAAGACCACCUACAGGCACCAGACAUACAAGAACACGGCACAAAGAAAUUAGAUGAAAGUGAAGAUGAUUUGGAAUUCUGGAAUAAGCCCUGUUUGUUUACUCCUGAAUCAAGAUUGGAAACUCUUAGACACAUGGAAAAACAACGGAAAAAUCAGGAAAAAUUAAGUGAAAAAAAGAAGAAAGUGAAACCACCCAGGACUUUGAUCACUGAAAAUGGGAAAGCUCUGAAUGUCAAUGAGCCCAAAAUUGACUUCUCUUUGAACGAUAAUGAAAAGCAGAUCAUCCUGGACCUUGCUGUCUAUAGAUAUAUGGAUACCUCCUUAAUUGACGUUGAUGUGCAACCAACUUACGUGCGUGUAAUGAUCAAAGGAAAGCCAUUUCAGCUUGUCCUUCCUGCAGAAGUGAAACCUGAUAGCAGCUCUGCUAAAAGAUCUCAGACAACAGGUCAUUUGGUCAUCUGCAUGCCCAAGGUAGGAGAAGUAAUCACAGGUGGUCAGCAAGCAUUCAAAUCUGUGAAAACUACCUCGGACAGGAGCAGAGAACAAACAAAUGCAAGAAGCAAGCACAUGGAGAAACUAGAAGUAGACCCUAGCAAGCACUCAUUCCCUGAUGUGACUAACAUUGUUCAAGAGAAAAAACGCACACCCAGAAGACGAUCUGAACCCAAAAUUAUACCAAGUGAGGAAGACCCAACCUUUGAAGACAACCCUGAUGUGCCUCCACUGAUUUGAAACAUCUGCUUGCGUUGUCAUUGGCUGAGACUUACCAGGUCCAGCUUUGGUGGGUGUAGAAACUGUAUGCAUGUGAUUCCUGGGGUAAACAGUUAUUUGUCAAUAUUGCUACUCCAGUGUUUUAACUCUUACUGUGCAUAGUAAUAUCCUUAAGCUAGCCUCAGAUUAAAAUGUAUGCUUUACAAUUUAUAAUGAUGGGUUAAAUGCUAUAACUUAUCAUUUACCUGUAAUAAAGGGUUGGUAUUGACAAUGUUUAGUAAGAUCAUAGAACUGUUGCAUAAAACAUUGAUUAUAAAUCCCAGAACUGUAGAUUAAGUUGUAGAUAAAAGGACUGAGUGUUAAAUUGGUACUUCAG